AUGUCACUCGAAUCAGCUUUUACACAAGAUCAGAUUUCUGUCAUCUUUGUUUUAGGUGGUCCAGGUGCAGGUAAAGGUACCCAAUGUGCUAAAUUAGUCAAAGAUUACGGUUUUGUUCAUUUAUCUGCCGGUGAUCUAUUAAGAGCAGAACAAGAUCGUGAAGGAUCUGAAUUUGGUUCAUUGAUUAAGAAUUAUAUUAAAGAAGGUCUUAUUGUUCCGCAAGAAAUCACUAUUCAGUUAUUGAAGAAUGCUAUAUUAGAAAAUUAUGAGAAGGGAUCUACAAAAUACCUAGUUGAUGGUUUUCCAAGAAAGAUGGAUCAAGCAAUUACUUUUGAACAAGUUAUUGUUAAAGCGAAAUUUGUCCUAUUUUUCGAUUGUAGCGAAACUGUCAUGUUAGAGAGAUUAUUGGAACGUGGUAAGAGUAGUGGUAGAAUUGAUGAUAAUAUCGAAUCCAUUAAGAAGAGAUUCAAGACUUUCAUUGAUACCAGUAUGCCAGUUAUUGAGUACUUCAACGAACAAUCAAGAGUAGUCAAAAUCAACUGUGAAACAAGUGUCGAUGAAGUUUACGAACAGGUUCAAAGUGCGCUUAAAGAUAGACUCGAUUUAUAG